AUGAGCGGAGCGGCCUACAGGGACCGGGGAUUCGGCGGCGCCGCGGAGAUGGACCGGAAGCGCAUCAAGGAGGCGCUCGAGAAGCACACGGAGAGGCCGUCCCCGUCCACCUCCAGGGGGGCGUCCAGGGAGAAGGAGCUGCUCGCCGCCGGCAAGAUAACCACUCAGAUCGGCAAGGUCCCCAAGGUCUCCGACGUCGAGGAAUUCGAAACUGACAGUGAAGAUUCUGAUGUUAGUGGUUCUGAAGGAGAGGAUACAUCUUGGAUUUCAUGGUUCUGUAGCUUGCGAGGCAAUGAAUUCUUCUGUGAGAUUGAUGAUGAUUAUAUACAGGAUGAUUUCAAUCUCUGUGGCCUAAGCAGUCAGGUGCCAUAUUAUGAUUAUGCACUUGAUCUCAUCCUAGACAUUGAGUCUUCUAAUGGUGAUGUAUUCACUGAGGAGCAAAAUGAAUUAAUUGAGUCAUCUGCAGAGAUGCUGUAUGGUUUAAUUCAUGCACGGUACAUCUUAACCAGCAAGGGUCUAGCUGCAAUGUUAGAAAAGUUCAAGAACUAUGAUUUUGGCAGAUGCCCUCGAGUAUACUGCUGUGGUCAACCCUGUCUUCCAGCAGGGCAAUCAGACAUUCCUAGGUCAAGCACAGUGAAGGUGUUUUGUCCAAAAUGUGAAGAUUUACACUAUCCAAGGUCCAAGUACCAAGGCAACAUUGAUGGAGCAUACUUUGGUACGACAUUUCCUCAUCUCUUCUUGAUGACAUACCCACACCUGAAGCCACAGAAGCCAUCACAGCAAUACGUCCCAAGGGUUUUUGGCUUCAAACUUCACAAGCAGUCAUGA